GAUUGGCGCAAUUUUCGAUAAGUGAACAUAAGCAAUGUCACAGACGUUUUUGAAUGCUUCCGAAAGUUAUUUUAGUUUAGAUGAUAUUCUUGCAACACAGGAAUCAGUACCCUGUAAAGUCGAGGUACCGAUCUACCGACUUGGGUAUCUUGACAAAGGCAGUGAAGAUGAUACACUUCAAGAAGGCACCAAAUUGGAGCUGCCAUACUGGCUUGCACGCUCUCUGUGUAGUAGGCGUCGCCACAUUGUUUCUGUUGAAAUGCCUCGAGCUUACAGAGAAAGCUACCGACAAAUUUUAAAAGCAGAUCCAAAUGUUGUGAAUCUACACAAAUUGGGACCAUACUUUUAUAAAUUUGGUUCCCAUUUGCUCUCAUUUGAACAUCCUGAAUCUACAGACAUUGCUAACAGUUUAGUGAAGGCAUUCCAGGGUCGUUUCAGAAAGAUAAUGGACUCUUCACAAAAUGUUCUGAAUCAAGACACGAGUAAGCUCACUGAAAAACUAGAUGAAACUGAAGUAAAACUGUUUAAUGCUGGCCAGCUUGGUUUGCAUGAUUUCCAGCAAUGGGAGACUCGACAAACAGAGAAAUUAACCACAUCCAUAAUGGUUCAAAACCACCGCAAAAGAAAACGAGGCAUGCUGCAAAGUUGACCCUUAUUAGUGCAUUAUUACAUACUGUUCAGACUUAAUGUACUGUCUUCAAUGAAAUAAAUUGAAUAUGUUUGUUAUUUUCAUGAGUGGACUACAUAUGUUUGGAUCACAAAAAGGUAAUUUAUUGAUUGAGAUGAUAUGAAAAACAGAAUUCACGUUGUUAUGGCAUGGCUUAACACCCAAACGUAAACUUAAUUAAAAAGAGUUUCUAUCAAUAUCAAUUGGUUGAACACACAACUUCCACCUCUUUUAUAGAAAAUAUUAUAAAAGGUCUAGUUUGCGUAAGCUUUAAAUAUUUGUACUGAGGAUGUCUGUGGGAUGUAAAUUUCAAACCCGGAGCUUAAGAAGACAUACAUCAUACCCAAAUUGUGACCAGUGAUACAAGCACAUUUUGUAUUUCCUUAGAAAGGCACAUUUUAAACUGAUUUUCCAUACAUGUUUUUUUGCAGAUUUAAAUGCUUUUUGAUAUACCAUAAUGAAUGAAUCAUUUGCUUCAUCAAUGUGCAUUAUUUAUGUUGGUUUUUGAACUUUAGUUUUCUAUCAUCUGGUAGCUAAGAGCUAUUCUGUGGUUCUGUGCUUGCAGACAUAAUGAAAGUUUCCCAGUGUUUAUACAGUUUCUGAUGAAAUGAUUUACCUACUGCAUGUCUGCUAUUUUUAUUCCUGAUGUACAAUACGAAAAAUGUGCAAACUUGUGUAAGCAAAGUCUUAUGUACAGGUUAAAAUAUUAACUUAAAACUUAUCAUUUUGCGUUUUAAUUUGUAUCUGAGAGUUACUAACAGUGAGACAUUUGUGUUGAAAAUUAUUGAAUAUGUAUUUAGUUUUAUUGUGCAGAAAAUACUAUGUGGGGAAGUGGGGGUACUGGCAGGAUGAAGAUAAGAAACUAAAGUUUAAGUGGAAAGCACUUAAGGAUAGUUAAGUUCUUGGGGGGAAAAGUAAUGGAUAAUAAAAAGGACAUAACUGUUAGAUCACUAAUUAUAAAAACUUAAGCAUCAUUGUGUUGUACAUUUACCAACGGGUGAAUAGCAUCAGACUUAAUGUUUUACGUCUCUGCUAACUUUUUGCAAUAAAAAAUAUAAACAUUUUUUUCAUUUUCUUCUUUGAAAUGAUCAAUAGUUAAAAGAUUAAAAACAGUUAACAUGUAUUCUCUCAUGUUUAAUAAGUUACUGAAUAAUUAUAAAUUAGAAAGGAAGGAUAAUAUCAAAGAAUUUAGUUUGACAUUUGUCUCUAGUUUUCUGAAAAGUUCAAAUUUUCUCUUCACUUAAGUUCAGAAAUGUAUUUAAAAUGAACCUGGUUCACCAAAAAAGACAGAUGUUGCUUCUUUCCCGUUUAAAUUCUUUCAUAGGUAUUCCAAACAUCAUAAAGUCCUAAAAAGAAAUACUAUUAAUAAAUUACCUGACUUAAAGAUGUACAGUGUAAUGAUUAUAUUGCGUUCAAGGGAUCAUAUGUGACUGACUGUAUGUACAUUUGCUUCAAAUCAGCAAUUGCAACAAAUCUGCUUGACGACCGUUGUAAAAGUAAUUAAAAUUAAUAAAUGAUCGGUUUAUUUUUGUGAAAAAGUGUUUUAAUUUCGCCUUGUUGCUGCAUUUGCACAGAUAUCUGUCUGUAAGAUUGCUGGUUUGCAGAAUAGGGUGUCGGUUGUGACGAAACGCUUCCUAUGGUAAAGCCAUUAUAUCGACGUAUACCCAAAAAUGUUAGACACGGUAUUCUAAAAAAGAAAAAUUAAUAUAACGACGAUAUC